AUGUGGCUCGCCUCUUUAGGGCAGCUACUGUUGCAUCAUCAUGUGACUGCACAAAUAAAUCAGCGUUGCAACGUCCUCAUUCCGCCUGAAAAUGGUCAGACCUCGUGUCAGAUCAAUUCAAAAGGAAAAGAGGUCUGUACUAUCUCUUGUAACUCCGGCUACCAUCUUGAGGGCUCAGAAGGGGAACACUCCUGCGAGCUAGGAAAGUGGUACCCAGCAGUUGAGGAACCAAAAUGCAUCGACAGCAACGCUCAAGACGUCGGACAUCACGUCCAAUACUCGGAUCAAACUGACAUGGACAUUUCUGCUUGCCAGCUCUGGGGCGGCGAUAUUUUCAAAACCUUCGACGGGGCAAUGUAUAGAUUUCCAGGCAAAUGCAACUACAAACUCUUCGGCGACUGUGCUACCUCCGCUUUUUCGGUCAACAUGGAUCUUUCCAAAAACGAGAUCGCGACCGUCUUCGGUGGUCAACAAGUCAUCUUGCGAGCGGAAAACGGUACAGUGAAUCUCUACUCUGGAUCACUUCAGCUAGAGCGGACCUCUAUCCCUUCUGUCAUCAGCGGCCUCAUCGUUGAACGAAUGGGAGACUGGACCGUAUUGAAAUCACCUGAUUUCAUCCUCAGAUGGGACGGAGCUGACAACAUUUUGGUCAUUCCAUCAAAAACGCUCGAGACUCGAUCAUGCGGUCUUUGCGGUAACUUCGACGGAAUGAGCGACAAUGACUUCACAACUAUCGAGCAUGGCGAUUCAACCAGCCCGAUCGUCUUUGGAAACAGCUGGAAAAUGCCCUCCAUCGAAGGUUCUUGCAAAGACGCUUCUUUCGAAAAAUUCUGCGAGCAUCAAACUCUCGAGGAUAUUGAGUACUAUCGAUCUGAGUGCAAAAAGCUCGCAUCAAACAGCUUUUCAAAAUGUCAUGAAAAAAUCAACGUCGAGCCAUGGAUCGAAAUGUGCGUUGAAUCUCUCUGUGCUGGUGGUGAUUUUUGUGAAAGCGCCGCGGCGUACUUUAGGGAAUGCUCCGCCCAGGGUGUUGCUUUGGACUGGCGAUCAGAAAACAUGUGCCCAAAAUCCUGCCCAGUCGGUCAAGUCUACCGGGAAUGCGCUUCCGGCUGCCCAGAAACUUGUAAAGCCGGAGCGAUCGAGUGUAAUGAUGACUGCGUUAGCGGAUGUGUUUGCUCCGAAGGUUUGGUUCUCCAUGAUGGAGAAUGUAUCAAAAAGACCUCCUGCCCUUGUUUUAGUCGAGGAAUCGAGUACAACUCUGGGGACAGCAUCAAAGACGUUUGCAACACUUGCACUUGUGGAGAGGGCAAAUGGACUUGCACCGAUGACAGCUGCGAUGGAAUUUGCAAAUCAACCGGUGUCAAUCAUUUUGAAACAUUCGACGGAAGUUUUUAUGACUUCGUCGGCGAGUGCGCUUACUCCCUUGUGGAGCCAAUCCAAGCGAGCGAGGAAAACAUCUGGGCAGUCUAUCUCAGAUAUCAUGACUGCGAGCAACAUGUCAAAAAACUUUGUAAAAAAUCCAUCGAAGUCCGGGUUGGCGAAAGCCACUUCACCUUCGAAGGCGAUUUCAAAACUCUCCACGACGGUCACCUCAUCGAGCAUUUCCCAAUUCAAGCAAAUGGAGUACAAGUGACAAUGGCCUCUACUUACAUCCAGCGAAUCGAUCUCACCGAAGUCGGAAUAAGUGUCUUCUGGAAUGGAAAAGAUCGAGUCUACGUUCAUGCUCAGGCAAGUUUGAGAAAUUCAAUUCAUGGUCUGUGUGGAACCUUCAACGACAGAAGUGACGACGAUCUCAAAUUGCCGGACGGAACUGUUCAAACCUGGGCGGUCGAAUUCGGAAAUGCUUGGAAAGCGCUUUCAAUCUGCCAAGAUGAGUUUGAUGAUUCCAAUGACCUUCAUCCCUGUGAUACUUACCUUCAACUCCGAUCAAGUGCAACUGGAAGUUGUGAAGCGCUUAUGUCUCCAGCAUUUUCAGCAUGUCACAAUGUCGUUGCCGUCGAGUCCUACUACUAUCGAUGUACUUAUGAUUACUGCGCAUGCGCAGGAGUUCAAAUGUCCAUGGCUGGCGUCUGUAGCGCCGUUGAAGAUUACGCUCGAUCUUGUGCAGAGGCUGGUGUUACUGUCAACUGGCAACAGGCAGUGGAUGAACAAUGCCAACCAAGCUGCCCAGGAGACAUGCGAUAUCAGCAAUGUGGACAUAACAGCGCCACCUGCGAGUCACUCUCUUCCACCUCCCUUUUGCUUACCGAUGAUUCUUGCGCGGAGGGCUGCUAUUGCCCGGAGGGACUCUUCUUGGACCGCGAUCAUCUUUCUUGCGUCACCGCUAGUGAUUGCACCUGUGCUCAUGGAGGAAAACUCUAUCAAGCAGGAGCAACUCGCGUUGAAGGAUGCCAAGACUGUACUUGCUCAAAUGGCGCCUGGACCUGCGAAGCUGACGAAGCUCGCUGCGUAGACAAAACUUGCCCAGCUGGAAUGGAAUGGACAGAGUGCGUAACUGGCUGCGAAGGAACCUGUGCCAAUCUUCAUAUUCUGGACAAGCACGCUUGCGAGUCUGUCGAGUGCAGUCCUGGAUGCCAGUGUCAAAAGACUUUGUCCGCCUUGGCGAUGAAUGCGUGGCGCCUAGUGAGUGUCCUUGUUUCCGAGGAGGAAAGAGCUACAGGAAGCUGUAAAUAUGUCUUUUCCAGAAGCCAAACGAACUCGACAGAUUUGUCAAUCAACAUUGAGAAUGUUCCUUGCGGAUCAUCUGGUGUCACCUGCACAAGAAAUCUCGAUGUAAACUGGCAUGGAGAGACAAUCUCUAUCGACCGAGAAACUUAUUUGGACACCUUGAAGCUCCCUGAAAAUUGCACUGCAUGGACUUCCGGAGCUGUUCAUUUCCUUCAAUGCUCUGAUGUCUUCGUUCUCAAGUGGGAUUAUCAGACUACAGUCAGCUUGUUGAUGAAUCCUCGAUUGUCCGGAGCAGUCGAAGGUCUUUGCGGAAACAUGAACGGCAACCAAAACGAUGACUUCAAAACGCCAGGAAAUGGUCUGAUUGAAACGAGCGCGAGUAUUUUUGGAGACUCUUGGAAAAUCUUUGGAUACUGCCCAGAAGCGACGGAAGUGCCAGAUACCUGCGCUCAGCAUCCAAAUCGACAAAAUUGGGCGAAAAAGAGCUGUUCUGUCAUCAAAUCUUCUGUUUUCAGCAGCUGCCACAACAUCGUUCCUACAAAAAUGUUCUACGAUGCGUGCGUUUACGACGGCUGUGGAUGUGAUAGCGGCGGGGAUUGCGAGUGUACUUGCACGGCUAUAGCAGCUUACGCAAGUGAGUGCGCUAGAAAUGGCGUUGUAGUCGACUGGCGAAAGCCGAGUCUUUGUCCGAUGCAAUGCGGGGACUGCCCUCUUGAAUACUCUGCUUGUAAUGAUCCUUGUCCAAAGACUUGCCAAAACAGGCACAACUUCGACGAAAUCUCCCAAAACUGCCAGGCAGGCUCCUGUGCAGAGGGAUGCGCUUGCCAAGAUGGCAAGAUAUGGGACCAACAUGCUGGUGAUUGCGUCUUUGAAGAAGAUUGUACCUGCGGAAUGUUCGACGGCGUCGUUUUCAUGGAAGGAGAUCUAGUUCCAUCUGCUGGAAAUGAGUGUGAAAACUGUUUUUGCACUGAAGGAAAACUCGAAUGCAUCGGAUCAGGUUGUUCAACAUCGUCUCCGGUGACGACUACGACUCAUGCAUCAACAACAUUCACGACUUCUACUAAUGCUGUUUGUUGCACAAAAGACGAUAAUGAAUACGCGCCAGGCGAUGUCAUUAAAACUGCCGACUGCAAAGUCUAUAAAUGUAGCGAAGACUGCGAAAUUAUUCUUGACAGCUCGGCAUGUCCAGAUGUCACUACCACGAAAUCGACAACGACGAUCGUUACGAAGUCUCCAAUGUGCGUUACGGACAGCAAUGAGUGGACAGAAUGGAUGAACUACAACAUUCCAACUUUGGCUAACGAUGGUGACUUUGAAAAUAAUCAUUUUCUUCGACGACGAUUCGAGUACUGCGGCGAGGAGAUGAUCUCCGCAGUGGAAUGUCGACCAGCCGGUGCGUCUACGUAUUCUGGCCAGAUGGUCACUUGCAAUGUUGACACUGGUCUUACGUGUUUCAAUGAUAAUCAGGAAAUUGGAAUUUGUUUGGACUAUGAAGUUAGGUUUUUCUGCAGAUGUGGUGUUGAGACAACAACGGAAUCUCCAACUGUAGCGCCUACAACUGUCCCAACAACAGAGACAAAAACGAUUGUUAUUGCUACAACAACAUCUGUUUCAACAAAACCAACAACAACUGCCAUGCCAACAAAAUCUACGGAAACGCCUAUCCCAACAAAAUCUACCACUACUACGAUGCCAACAAAAUCUACACCUCGAUUGACGAAACAGACGACUUCAACCCCAACUCAAAGCUCAGCGACAAAAACUCUAACGAGCACAACUGUUCCUGUUUGCGACCCUCUCACUCCAAAAUCAUGCGAAAUGGGCUGGUCUCAAUGGCUUAAAAUCGAUGAAGUUCCUUUGAAUUGCAAAUAUGAAAUUUGCGAGGCUCCAACAUCUGUUGAAUGCCGAGUUUGGAACAAACAGGUCAACAAGAUAGCUCCUUGCAGCUUGGAUGUUCAGACCUGUGAAGGAUGUGAAGAUAUGUAUGCACGAUUCUACUGCCCUUGCGAGACCACUGAGGCGCCCAAGCCAACUGCAUCACCUACAACAGCGCUUCCAACAACCAAAACUAUGAUCACUUCAACUUCUAUUCCAGACGUUUGCGAAAUCGAUAUGGAAAAGAAACUUUCAAAGCAAGUUUUCUCAUCAUCGAGUAUCGCACUUACAGAUUCCCGAAUUGGUUACUCUGGCUGGAUGGCCGGAAAAGCAGCAUCCGGUGAAUUCGUCACGCUGAUCUUUCAAGAACCACAGGUCAUUACCGGACUCAAGCUUCAGCGAAUCAUGGGAAAUCUUUACCCAACGAGCAUUCGUAUCUACGUCAAAGGAUCUGAGUCGAAAUCACAGGCAGAUGUCACGAUUCCAGAAGGUGAAGGGCUUGUUUUCCUUGAUCAGCCUCUCAUUGCUUCUGAGGUGUCAUUUUUGAUCAUGAAAUGGGUUGGUGAUAUGCCGUCUUUGAAAAUGUCUGUUUUGACCAGGUGUGAAUCUUUGACAACGCCAUCGACUCAAACUACAACUACAGUCUGCACAAAAGGAUGCGCGCUCACUUGUGGCGAUCUUUGCCAAAAGACAUUAGUUGAAUACACAAACAUGGGUCUCUGCAAGUCCGCAGAAACAUGUCUUCGGCCAACAAAAUGCGUUGAAAAUACUUUGACAUGUGAUGAGUCGCAGAGAUUCGACGGCCAGCGAUGCGUCAAUUCUAAAGAAUGUGCAUGUCUAGCUGGUGACGGAACUGUGAUCAAACCGGGCCAGGUUCUUGAAGGAAAGGAAUGCGAUCAAGUUUGUGUGGACAAUAAGAUCGAGUUAAGUUGUGAUUCGAUUGUGACCGCAACAACUCCAGCUGUGACUACUUCUCAUACUCGAACAACUGAGGGUAAAACCCUCGCGUCUACUGUUUCUGUGACAGAAGGGCCAGUAACGACAACAACAUCGAUUCGAGAUCAGACCGAAACAGUGACCACUACAACUGUUUUGCCAACAACGAAGACAAUCGAAGAAAAAACGACGGAUCUUAUCACGGGAAAAGUUUACACGACAAGAACAACCGUCCCAACUGAAUCUUCAAGCGAAACAGUACCAGUUCCCAUUUCCACAGACAAAUUCACAAAGAUACCAAUCACUGAUGGAACAACCGUCAUUACUGAUGAAACCACCACGACUACUGUUACUGUGAAGCCGUCAGGACCUACGCAGCCACCAAUUAUUCUCAUUGAAACAACUCGUCGAGAUGGAACAACCACCACUGAGAAAUUCACUCUUACGACCAAAACGCAUGAAGAUACCACUAUCCGAACUGUCACUUUGAUUGAAGAUUGUAUUUCUGACUGCGAUAUUGUCACACAAACGACCAAGGGAACUACAAAGACAACGGAGAUGCGAACAAGCGAAGGUUUGAAGACAGAAACAACCACUACCGAUGUGACAGAAGAUGGAACCGUUAAAACGACGACAACAACGACAAUUCCAAAUGAGGAUGACACAACAACAAUCACCACUACUACCACAAAGACAAUUGACGAACACACAACUGAAAAACUUACUUCUACAACAACGACAACCACAGAGGGGACAUUCACCACGGGACAUAUUGAAACAACAACAGUUAUUCCUCCUAAAUCAUCGCUUACAACACUGAAGCCAACAACCGCCUCACCAUCCAUCACGACAUCGACUACAAGAACAACAGAGGGCACUCCUGUUUCUUCAACUGUGUCCGUCACUGACGGCCCAACCACGAUGACAAAAACGAUCAGUGAUCAAACAGAAACGGUCACUACGACUACUGUCUCUCCAGAUACGACUAAGACCGAAGAGAAAACAACUAAUCUCAUCACUGGCUCAGUCUCAACGAAAACAACAACUUGGCCGACUGAAUCAUCAACUGAAAAGGUGACAGUUCCAAUUUCAACUGAUAAGUUUACGACUGUACCUGUUACUGGCAAAACAGUUAUUGUGAAUGAAACUACGACAAUUACUGUCACUACGAAAACCACAGGUGCAACCGAGAAACCGAUAAUUCAUGUUGAAACUGAAACGACGGAGGGCACGAAGACAACAGAAGAGUACACUUUAACCACUGAAGUUUCUGAAGAUACAACCGUUCAAACUUUGACAACUUCCACCGGCGGAUUUGUCUCUCAGACGACUCAAACUGGCGCUUCUAUUUCAACAGAAAUUCAAACAAGCGAAGGAAUCAUGACUGAGACUACCACAACCGAUGUGACUGAGAAUUAUAUUACAGAAACGACAACAACUAAACUUACAAAUGGAGACGAUACAACAAUUGUGACUAAAACCACAACAACUAUUGAUGGAAAAACAACAGAAAAAUUCACAACAAAGACAACAACAACAUCUGAGGGCACAACGACAACAAAACAUGUCGAAACAACAACAAAAAUUCCAUCAACAACAUCUUCAACACCUUUCAAGCCAACAAAAUCUUCACCUUCUGUAACAACAUCUACAACUCGAGCAACCGACGGAACUUCUCUUUCAUCAACUGUCUCUGUGACUGAAAGUCCGACUACGAUCACAAAGACCACUGAAGGUCAAACUGAAACUAUCAAGACAACAACUUCACCAUCAACAACAAGCUAUCCAACUGACAGUGGUCCAACUACAGGUGCCUGUGUCGAUAGAAUUGUCAAUAAAAUAUUCACCGUUGGCUGCGAUAGAUGCUACUGUAGUGAUGCUGGUGGAUUAAUCUGUAAGAAUAUCUCUGAUUGUGAGACAACAACCACGAAAGCAACCACAUUACCAACCAGCACUUCUUCGAGCAGUACAGAGUCGACAUCGACAACCGAGUACAUGUCGACUAAGCCCUUUUCAACUGGUUCUUCAACGGACGCAACAAAGUCUUUCACAACCAAAACAACAACGCUAGAAAAAACCACCAUCACGACAAUUCAAAUUCCUGAAUCUUGUCUUGUCUGGGACGAGUGGCAGAAUAACAACUUCGUCAGUACCGGAGACGAUAGGGAAACUAUCAAGCAGUAUUUAGAAAAUUCGAAUAUCUGCGCUGAAGUUAUGGAGAUCCAGUGCCGUGUUGCCGAUUUCCUGACCCCAAGUGAUCAAACUUCUGAUGAAACCACCUGUGAUAUCGAAAACGGACUAAAAUGUACCCCAAGCAUGUCCGAUGAUGACUUUUUCGGAUUUGGUGCUUGUUUGGACUAUGAAAUCCGACUCUACUGCAUUGACGCUAGAAAAGAAGAAUGCUUGAAACCAGACCCAUUUAUUGUUACCGAAACCACUGUUAUCUCAAGUACCACCAGUUUUGAUAACACUUCAACGAAGUCUCCUGAAACAACCACGAAGCCUCUGGUAGUUUCAACAAAAACUUAUGAGACAACACCAGAUGGAACAAUGGUCACGACUUUUACUGAGCAGCCGAUGACUGUAUCUGAAACUUUCACAGCAACAGGAGAGCUCAUUUCGAAAACAACAACGAGAAUUAUUGAUGAUACAAUGUCAACGGUCAGGACAGAAACACCAACGACAAUUUCUAUCAAAACAAUGUCCUCAGACGGGUUUACUUCGAGAUCAACGGAAGAAAUAACAUCAAAGUCAACUGGUACCCUCACGACUGUUACAACUGAAUCAACAACAGAAGAUUCCACGCAAACAAUUAAGGUUCCCAUUACGGAAGACAUAACUACCGAUGUUCCAAGAACGAGCAAGACAACAGUGUCCACUCCGUCGAGCACAUCCUCUAUUGUUACAGAGCCGAUCGAUACAACAACAACGAAGGUUACCAUCUUUUCUGAUAACACUGAAGCGACGCUGAUCUACUCAACUGAAAUUGAUACAACUACUGGUGCAACUAUCGGAACACUUACAACAGAACAUGGCGACAUUAUUACUGAAACAACUGAAUACUUUGAUACUGAGACAUCUUCUGUCACCGAGACAACCAGAACUAUUAAUCCAGUGACGAAGAAAGAAGGUACUGUUAGUACAACUACCGUUCCCUCGGAAUCAACAACUACGGAGGCACCAACAGAAACAUCUGAUCUAACAACCGUUCCAACAUCCACUUCGUCAACUGUUUCAACCACCACAAGCGGCGAUUUGACUACCGAAGAGAUAACCACAACAAAGGUUACCGAAAUUCCGGGUCAUACAACAACCACUGAGAGUUUUACUGAUGGCACAGUCAAAACAACAAGAGUUUUUACUGAUGGCACUCAGGAAACGACAACAAGUACUCCAUCUGUGACAACAUCAAAGGUUCAGACUACUGACGGCCAUACUAUUUCUUCAACUGUUACCGUUACAGAAACUCCAACCAGUACAACAACACUUGUUUACUGUCAAGACAGUACUGAGUGUCAAAAAAAUACUGGAACUACCUCUACAAUCAGUAAGACAACCCUCACAGACUGUCUUGACAGUCGUGAGUGUCGAAUGAAAACUGCCACUACAACUACUGUCAGUCCGACAACUACAACGAUCGAGACGACGUCUACGAACCUCACCACUGGUGAAAUAUCAACAACUUCAACAAUUGCUCCUACUGAAUCAAUAACUGAAACAGUAUCAGUUCCCAUCUCCACGGAUAAGACUGUAACAGUUCCAAUUUCUGGAAAAACUGUCAUCACUGAUUCGACAGGCACCACCGCAAUCUCAACUAAUCCUACUGCAAAAGUACCCACUGUUCAUGUUGAGACGACCACCAGCACAGGAUCAACGACGUCAAAAACCUUCACUUUGACGACAAAAGUCUCCGAAGACACAACAACGAAGACUCUAGCAACGGUCACUGGAGAGAUCGUAACAGAAACAACUCGUUCUGGAACCACUGAAACGACGAAGACUCGUACAAGCGAGGGUUUUGUAACUGAAACAACAACCACCGACGUAACUGACGAUUUCACGAAGAAAACCGCAACCACAACAUUGCCAAAUCGUGAUGACACAGUAGUGACGAGCGUCGUAACAACAACAAGUACCAGACCAAUCGAUGACAAAACAACACGAGAGGUGAAAACUCAAACAACCAUUACCCCAGAUGGAUCAACAACAUCUGAAUACGUAACAACCACAACAACCAUUCCCUCUCGAACCUCUACCUCGACAACUAAGGGUAAUAUUACGACAAUGAAAUCGACAACUGAGAGUGAAGAGAUAACCGAAACGACAACUUUCAAUGAGACCACCUCUGAAAAAACAACAACAACGAUCCAAACUACCAAGGCAACAGAUGGAACGAUUUCUUCGACAACAACAAAGAAAACAACCAGUUCUCCAACCAGAUCAUCAACUGAAAUUAUUACUGAGACCGUGACACCAGGUGGUCAUGUUGAAACAUCGACGGCCUCCUCUACUACAACGUCCUCACCUGAUGGAACAAUAACAGAAAUUUUGACAACAAAGAUUCCAAACGAUGAUGACCACACUGAAUCAACAACAACCACAACAACGACUCGUAAAACAACUUCUGGCAAGGAAACUGCUACAGUUAUUUAUUCCGACGGUACGACUGUCGUGACUGAGAGAACAACUUCAGUUCCCGCUCCAACUGACUAUUCAGAAACUACGACUGCACCAGCUUCAAUGACGACAACAAUUCCAAACCAUGAUGACACUGAGGCGUCGACAACAAAAACUACCACCAAGAUUCCAUCUACAAAAAUAACCCAAAUUUCCGAUGGUACGACAAAGCAUCCAGUUUUUACGUCUUCUACAGUGGAACCAAGCCUUCCCUCAAGCACCCAACAUUCUUCAACAGAAGGACCAUAUUCAACUACAAAAUCAAUGCCUAUUGUUUCCACGUCCUCAACUGUUACAGAAUCUGGAUCAACCAUUUCAACAGAAACCACUGUGACCGAUGGUACAUCCACAACAACAAAACUAAUGACAGAAACUUCAGAAGAAAUCACCACAACAUCAAUUACAGAAUCAACAAUUUCAACUGAAAAGGUCACAACUGAUCUUAUCACAGGAAAAACAGUAAAGACGACAACUACUGCACCAAUUUCGUCAACUAAGUCAAUCUCGAUUCCUUUCACAUCAUCAACGGUUCCCGAUGCCACAGUUCCAACUGAAGGAAUCACGGUUAUUUAUGACGAAGAUACAACAACCAUUAUAACUGGUACACCAAGCUCUACUGAAGAUAUUCAUAUUACAGUGACUACUCAAAAAACAACGAAAGGAUCAACCGAGGAGCCAUUGACAGAAGAAUAUGUUUUCACCACGUUGUCUACAGAUCAGUCUACAACAGAGCUUUUAACGACUAAAACUGGCGCUCUUAUAACUAAGACGGAGAGGACGGAAUCUACAGUCACAUCGACUACUACAUCUGAAGAAGGAACUAAGGUUACCGAAACAACAACGAAGAAAACUCCAACGGAAGAGAUCAAAACUACAACAACAACAUACCCGUCCGGUCAGACCGAAACAACGACGACUUCAACGGCCGUUACUGAUGAAACCACGACAACUACAAUGAUUACUAAAACGAUUGGGGAUUCAACAACUUCGACAUCAUAUGUUACGAAGUCAACACCUCCUACAACCUUACCAACUGAGGUUACUAGAAGUGGAACAUCUUCAACCGUUACUAUGAAGAUGUCUUCAACAGACUUGACUCCAGAAAUGACAUCAAUCAUUGCGUCAACUAUUUCAGAGCAUUUCACGAAGACAACACCAGUUCCAACAUCGAAAUCUUCUGAAAGCUCUUCUACAAAUUAUCCAGAAGAAACAACAUUGACAUCCAAAAACACACAGUCAACUGCAAGUCCAAUUACUCACAAAGAAACUUCGACGAUCCUUGUCACCGGAUCAUACACCGAAACAACAACCUCCGGCGGUAAGACCACAUCCACCUCAUCAUCAACCCUUUCAUCUGAUGGAACCACGGUUUCAACUACCACAGUCACUGAGGAGACGGAGUCUACGACAGAGACAUCAACAACUGAUGGAAUCAUUACUUCUACAACAGAAACAGUCAAUACCAUCACUGGCGAGACAACCGUCACAUCUACAAUGCGACCUGAAUCGACGGUCGAAACAAUUACUAUUCCCUACGAGAAAACAACUUUGUCUGUUCCAACUGAAGGUACUGUAAGCAUCACGACCGAUGACUACACCAAAACAACAUUAGUUACAACCAAACCUAUUGAUAAGUCUACAAUUUCAAUUGUUAUCACGACUGAUUCAACAGAAGGUACAACAACUACCAAGUUGACUGAAACAACAACGGUUACCGAAACAGGAGUGACCAAAGAGAUUACCACACCUGAGGGAACUAUUGUAUCUUCAUCAACAUUCACUUCAACAGCUGGAUCAACAAAUGAGACCACCAUUGUAACAACAACUCGAGGACCAGAGAAAACGGAGUCCAUCACAUCUAAAAUCCCUAAUGGCACUACGAAGAUAACCACUACUGUAUCUCCCACUGGUGAAGUUACAAAAACUGAGACUAUCACAAAGUCAACGAGCCCGACUUCAUCAGAGACAACAACAACAACGACGACGCCAGACAAAAAGACGGAGACAAGUACAACGAAGACAACCGCUAUUCCAACACGAACAUCCGUUGUAACCACUUCGCCUGAUGGUACCGUAACAUCCACUGUUACCGAUCAUACAAUCGCUCCAAUCACAAAGGUUGAACUAACAACAGCUCCGAUAAUGAAGACAACUUCGAAGAUCGUUCAGACAACAACGAUGGUUCCAUCAACAAAGCCGACAAUCACAACAACCACUGAUGAGGAGCUCACAACUUUGAUCCAAUCCACGAUUGCUACUCACAUGUCGACUAAAUCUACUCAAUCAACUCGAUCUCCAGCGACCUCUACCACUACAACAAGCCCAGGAGGAUAUUGUAUCACGGAUGAAGGCGAUAUUAUUCCCGAAGGAGAGCAAACAAUCGACAACACUGAGUGCGUCACAAAAUCUUGCGAUAAAUUUGGAAAAUUUGUCGAAAUGAAAGUUCCUGCGAAGGAGUGUUUGAUUUCGGCGACAGGAUCCGUUAGCACUUUUGAUGAAUUUGUUUACGAUUCAAAAUCUUGCACUGGAGUGUCUGUCAAUACUUGUGAUUCUGACGACCUAAGCAUUAAAUUGGUUCCAUCAGAGUCAAUACUUUUCAAGCUCGAAAACUUGUGGAUCCUUCUUGAGGAUAAUUACAACUCCCUCUUAGUCGAUGGAGUCGAAUUCGAAAUGACUGCGCUUGAUGCUCUCAACGAAGUUUUAUUCCAAAAAGCUGGAGUUCGCCUACUCGACCUUGAUGAAGAAUUUGUCAUUCUUUCCCCGCUAGUUCGAAUUUCAAUCUCUUCUGCCGUCGUUAAGAUCCGAGCAGAGCCCGAUAUGUUCGGAAAACUUUGCGGUGGAUGUGGCAAUGCUGAUUGCAACUCAACUAAUGACCAGAUCGAUGAGCCAACUUCAAAUGAGGCUGACGGCAAAAACUGCGCUGGUCCAAUUUGCGAGCAGCCUAUGGAAGAUCUCGAUCAAAUUUGCGAAUACAUUUCCGACGAGAAAUUCAGCACAUGUGUAACCGAUUCAACUGCCCAAAUUGACUUCUGCAAAAAGUCCGCUUGUGAGUGUCUCUCAUCCGGCGAUUCUGUCGAGUCCUGCCGAUGCAAAAUUAUUGCCGCUGCGAUGAAUACUUGUCAGCUUCAAACUGACUCUUGCAUCAGUUGGAGAUCACAGUACGGCUGCACGAUGCCUGAGUGCGCUGGAAAUAAGAUCUGGAGAGAUUGUGGAUCGACCUGUGUUCGUACUUGCGCUCAUAUCCUCGACGAGCAGGAUUCAUGCGAAGAUGAAGUUUUCCAACCAGGAUGUUAUUGCCCACCGGGAACAGUAUUCAAGGGCGGUCAGUGCGUCGACGAACGAGAAUGCAUGUGCACGUGUAAGGGAUGGGGCGAUCCUCACUAUCAGACAUUCGACAAGACCUACUACGCGUUCCAAGGAAAUUGCUCUUACGUUCUCGCUCAGGAUGAAAACAAGGAUUUCACCGUCAUCGGCCACAACGAGUACUGCCUUGAAUCUCCAACCAACACCUGUACGAAGGCUGUGACUCUACGAUACAAGGGCCACGAAGUUACUUUAGUCCAUGGACUUUCAUUCAUCAUCGAUGAAGUGACAAAAACAGUACUCGAAGAAGACACGAUUCUUGGAGGCAACAUCGCUAUCAAACUUGUCAGAGGAAGAUUCAUCCUUAUUGAAGUCGAGCGAAUCAGCUUGAAAAUCAUGUACGACGAAAUGACUCGAGGCUUUGCUAUUUCCAUUCCAAUUCUUGUCUACCACGACAAGGUAGGCGGUCUUUGCGGCAAUUGCAACCUCGAUGGAAGUGAUGACUUCAUCGAUAUUACCGGCGAGGAGCACUUCGUACCAAUCACAUUUGCUGAAACAUGGAAACUUGAAGAAAUUACCUGCGAUGAUGAGGUCUACACAACUCGUCCGCCAACUAUGAGCACUCCUCAUAACCCAGGCAACUGCACAGCCGAAUGCGAAAUUCUCAUGGACGAUGUUUUCAGCAGCUGUCGAAAGGUCGUCGAUGUCUCUCCCUUUUUGUCUUCGUGCGUCUACGAUGCAUGCAACAAUCUUCCAAAUGCAUCUUGCUACGCCAUUGGUGCGUACGCAGAUGAGUGUAGAAAAUCGGGAAUUUGCGUCAACUGGCGAGAAGAAAAAACAGAAUGUCCGUUUACUUGCGAGGACCAUUUGGAAUACAAUCACUGCGCAAAUACUUGCGACAAAAACGAAUGCGAUUCCGAUAUUUCUACAAAUUGUGAGAUCGUCGAGGAAUGCACUUGUCCAGAAGGCUUCGUUCUCGAAAACUCCAAAUGCAUCAAGCCGGAAGACUGUCUCGUCUGUCUAGGAGAAUACAAGGAGGGCGAAAAAUGGCGAAAUGCGACUGAUCCAUGCACCGAACACAUUUGCAUCGAUGGUAUUGUCGAAGAUCACAAAGAAACCUGUCAUACAGAAGUACGCUGCGUCGCUGACGGAAUGGUCGCAGUGGAAAUUCCAGUUGAUGGCGAGUGUUGCUCCGAUACCGAAUGCCAAUGCGAUCGAUCAACUUGUCCAGAGAAGCCAACUUGUGCCGAGGAUGAAUAUUUGGUCGUCAUUCCAGGAAUGACUUGCUGCGACUCGUACACUUGUCAGCCAAGAUCUUGUUCCGUCGCUACUACUGUCGAUUUCCUUCAAGUUGAAGAAUGCGUUUCACUCGAGAAGGAAAAUCUGACUACUUGUGCUGGCUACUGCGCUUCAACAACGGAGUUGAUGGAGACUUUCAAUGGCACUGAAAAGAUGAAAUCAUGCACUUGCUGCUCUGCAGUGGAAUCAACAAAGAAGCAGGUCGACUUGAUGUGCCCAGGCGGCGUUCGAGUCCGAUAUGAACACGAAGAAAUCACUCUCUGCUCUUGCAACGCCUCUCAGUGUUCCAAUGAGAACUAA